AUGGCCAUUUCCAAGAAUGGCUGGACUCUCAUUGCAGCUGUAGUGGUCAUAAUCUGUAUUUUGGAAACACAGAGAGAGACUCACAUCUUCAGUCUGGUUUCACCGGAGCCAAAUGAAGAUGACGACUUUCUAUCUCAAUCAAGACAAAAGAGAGAGACUCUGGCCUCGGUGACAGAGUAUGAGGUGGAUGUGGAGCUCAAUCUGACAGACUAUGAGACAGUGGACACACUUCGGACAUUACUGCAGAGCGGUAACUUCUCCCUGACCCUGGGCCCCUCUGUCAACCUCACACACAUCGAAAUAACUACAGUGUGUUCCCAAAAUGGCUCAGACUUCCAGUGCAGAUGUGAAGAGCAGUUUGUGUGGUCCUAUAACAGCUGCCUCACUUAUGGAGCUUGUGAUGAAAUCAUUGAUAAUGCCUGCACAUGUAUAAAUAAUAUCCCCUCUGACGGACUGUACUGUCAACCCAAACAAGACCCCCCCCAAACUAUAUUUGAAUAUGAGGUCAUUGUAGAGCUAGGAAAUACAGACUUUGACCAACUGAGAAACACUCUGCAAGCAAUCACUUUACCUGUUCAAAUCAACUCACAAGUGAAUAUAUCUGAGAUUGGCAUUACAACAGUUUGCAGUCCAACUGAAGCUGGUUUUCACUGUAGCUGUGAGAGAGGCUAUGUCUGGCCCUGUGACAAAUGUGAGAUAUAUGGAAAAUGUGAAAAUGACACGAGUAACUCAUGUAACUGCAUUAAUGCCAUUCCUGAAGAUGGACAGAUCUGUCAGUCCAUACAUGAUCAGAACAACACAUCCUGUACGAUCUCUGAAUCUACUACACCAGGAUCAACUUUGUUCACUACAGCUCCUGCAUUUCGUCACAGAUACAUCCUUUCUGUUGAGUUGAACACUACUGAUUCAGCACUGAUAAAUCAUCUGAGGACUGUUCUGAGAAACAGCUCUUACCCCAUCAGUGUCAACAACAACAUACACAUCAACAGUGUUAAUUUUUCUACAGUGUGCAGCCUGAACAACAACAGUUACCAGUGCAUAUGUGAGGAGCAGUAUCGUUGGUCAUGUGACCUGUGUCUAUACUAUGGGUCAUGUGACGGCAUCUCUAAUGACACCUGUGGAUGUAUCCAUGGCCUUCCUCCUGAUGGACAGCAGUGCCAGCCUCUUGACAGCAACUUCACAGUAUGUCAAUCAACUACAGCUGUGCCAACUACAGACACAACUAAUGCUACAACAGAGAUGAUCACUACAACUCCUGUGACUGUUCCCUCCACUGUGGUCACCACUCCUGCAUUUCAUCACAGAUACAUCCUUUCUGUUGAGUUGAACACGACUGAUUCAGCACUGAUAAAUCAUCUGAGGACUGUUCUGAGUAACAGCUCUUACCCCAUCAGUGUCAACAACAACAUACACAUCAACAGUGUUAAUAUUUCUACAGUCUGCAGCCCGAACAACAACAGUUACCAGUGCAUAUGUGAGGAGCAGUAUCAUUGGUCAUGUGACCUGUGUCUAUACUAUGGGUCAUGUGACGGCAUCUCUAAUGACACCUGUGGAUGUAUCCAUGGCCUUCCUCCUGAUGGACAGCAGUGCCAGCCUCUUGACAGCAACUUCACAGUAUGUCAAUCAACUACAGCUGUGCCAACUACAGAUGCUACGACCAGUUUCAACAGUACAACACCACCUCCUGUAGUUACAACCUUAAUGACAACUAUGGCAAACACAACUAAUGCUACAACAGAGAUGAUCACUACAACUCCUGUGACUGUUCCCUCCACUGUGGUCACCACUCCUGCAUUUCGUCACAGAUACAUCCUUUCUGUUGAGUUGAACACUACUGAUUCAGCACUGAUAAAUCAUCUGAGGACUGUUCUGAGAAACAGCUCUUACCCCAUCAGUGUCAACAACAACAUACACAUCAACAGUGUUAAUAUUUCUACAGUGUGCAGCCUGAACAACAACAGUUACCAGUGCAUAUGUGAGGAGCAGUAUCGUUGGUCAUGUGACCUGUGUCUAUACUAUGGGUCAUGUGACGGCAUCUCUAAUGACACCUGUGGAUGUAUCCAUGGCCUUCCUCCUGAUGGACAGCAGUGCCAGCCUCUUGACAGCAACUUCACAGUAUGUCAAUCAACUACAGCUGUGCCAACUACAGACACGACUAAUGCUACAACAGAGAUGAUCACUACAACUCCUGCGACUGUUCCCUCCACUGUGGUCACCACUCCUGCAUUUCAUCACAGAUACAUCCUUUCUGUUGAGUUGAACACGACUGAUUCAGCACUGAUAAAUCAUCUGAGGACUGUUCUGAGUAACAGCUCUUACCCCAUCAGUGUCAACAACAACAUACACAUCAACAGUGUUAAUAUUUCUACAGUGUGCAGCCUGAACAACAACAGUUACCAGUGCAUAUGUGAGGAGCAGUAUCGUUGGUCAUGUGACCUGUGUCUAUACUAUGGGUCAUGUGACGGCAUCUCUAAUGACACCUGUGGAUGUAUCCAUGGCCUUCCUCCUGAUGGACAGCAGUGCCAGCCUCUUGACAGCAACUUCACAGUAUGUCAAUCAACUACAGCUGUGCCAACUACAGAUGCUACGACCAGUUUCAACAGUACAACACCACCUCCUGUAAUUACAACCUUAAUGACAACAAUGGCAAACACAACUAAUGCUACAACAGAGAUGAUCACUACAACUCCUGUGACUGUUCCCUCCACUGUGGUCACCACUCCUGCAUUUCGUCAUAGAUACAUCCUUUCUGUUGAGUUGAACACUACUGAUUCAGCACUGAUAAAUCAUCUGAGGACUGUUCUGAGAAACAGCUCUUACCCCAUCAGUGUCAACAACAACAUACACAUCAACAGUGUUAAUAUUUCUACAGUGUGCAGCCUGAACAACAACAGUUACCAGUGCAUAUGUGAGGAGCAGUAUCGUUGGUCAUGUGACCUGUGUCUAUACUAUGGGUCAUGUGACGGCAUCUCUAAUGACACCUGUGGAUGUAUCCAUGGCCUUCCUCCUGAUGGACAGCAGUGCCAGCCUCUUGACAGCAACUUCACAGUAUGUCAAUCAACUACAGCUGUGCCAACUACAGACACGACUAAUGCUACAACAGAGAUGAUCACUACAACUCCUGCGACUGUUCCCUCCACUGUGGUCACCACUCCUGCAUUUCAUCACAGAUACAUCCUUUCUGUUGAGUUGAACACGACUGAUUCAGCACUGAUAAAUCAUCUGAGGACUGUUCUGAGUAACAGCUCUUACCCCAUCAGUGUCAACAACAACAUACACAUCAACAGUGUUAAUAUUUCUACAGUCUGCAGCCCGAACAACAACAGUUACCAGUGCAUAUGUGAGGAGCAGUAUCGUUGGUCAUGUGACCUGUGUCUAUACUAUGGGUCAUGUGACGGCAUCUCUAAUGACACCUGUGGAUGUAUCCAUGGCCUUCCUCCUGAUGGACAGCAGUGCCAGCCUCUUGACAGCAACUUCACAGUAUGUCAAUCAACUACAGCUGUGCCAACUACAGAUGCUACGACCAGUUUCAACAGUACAACACCACCUCCUGUAGUUACAACCUUAAUGACAACAAUGGCAAACACAACUAAUGCUACAACAGAGAUGAUCACUACAACUCCUGUGACUGUUCCCUCCACUGUGGUCACCACUCCUGCAUUUCGUCAUAGAUACAUCCUUUCUGUUGAGUUGAACACUACUGAUUCAGCACUGAUAAAUCAUCUGAGGACUGUUUUGAGAAACAGCUCUUACCCCAUCAGUGUCAACAACAACAUACACAUCAACAGUGUUAAUAUUUCUACAGUGUGCAGCCUGAACAACAACAGUUACCAGUGCAUAUGUGAGGAGCAGUAUCGUUGGUCAUGUGACCUGUGUCUAUAUUAUGGGUCAUGUGACGGCAUCUCUAAUGACACCUGUGGAUGUAUCCAUGGCCUUCCUCCUGAUGGACAGCAGUGCCAGCCUCUUGACAGAAACUUCACAGUCUGUCCAUCAACUACACCUGCACCAACUACACCUCUGAAGACUAUGGUGACAUCUUCAACUACAAAUACUACUAUGAACACCACUGAGAGCCCAACUAUACCUACUACUGCCCCCAAUACCACAACUUCUCCAAAUACUACAAUUACAGCUCCAUAUACAGCAACUACUUUUCCAAAUACUACAACUCCUUUCCCCAAUACUACAACUACUUUUCCAAAUACUACAACUCCUUUCCCCUAUACUACAACUACUUUUCCAAAUGCUACAACUCCUUUCCUCAAUACUACAUCUACUUUUCCAAAUACUACAACUUCUUUCCCCAAUACUACAACUACUUUUCCAAAUACUACAACUCCUUUCCCCUAUACUACAGCUACUUUUCCAAAUACUACAACUCCUUUCCCCAAUACUACAACUACUUUUCCAAAUACUACAACUCCUUUCCCCUAUACUACAACUACUUUUCCAAAUACUACAACUCCUUUCCUCAAUACUACAUCUACUUUUCCAAAUACUACAACUACACCUCCCAUUACUACAACACAUUUUCCAAAUAUUACAUCUACAGCUCCCAAUACUACAACUACAGCUCCCAAUACUACAACUACAGCUCCCAGUAAUACAACUACUUUUCCAAAUAUUACAACUCCUUUCCCCAAUACUACAACUACUUUUCCAAAUACUACAACUCCUUUCCCCAAUACUACAACUACUUUUCCAAAUACUACAACUCCUUUCCCCAAUACUACAACUACUUUUCCAAAUACUACAACUCCUUUCCCCAAUACUACAACUACUUUUCCAAAUACUACAACUCCUUUCCCCAAUACUACAACUACUUUUCCAAAUACUACAACUCCUUUCCCCUAUACUACAACUACUUUUCCAAAUACUACAACUCCUUUCCCCAAUACUACAACUACUUUUCCAAAUACUACAACUCCUUUCCCCCAUACUACAACUAUUUUUCCAAAUACUACAACUCCUUUCCCCAAUACUACAUCUACUUUUCCAAAUACUACAACUACAGCUCCCAUUACUACAACACAUUUUCCAAAUAUUACAACUACAGCUCCCGAUACUACAACUACGGCUCCCAAUACUACAACUACAGCUCCCAGUAAUACAACUUCUUUGCCAAAUACUACAACUCCUUUCCCCAGUACUACAACUACUUUUCCAAAUACUACAACUACAACUUCCAAUAUUACAACUACAGCUCCCGAUACUACAACUACGGCUCCCAAUACUACAACUACAGCUCCCAGUAAUACAACUGCUUUGCCAAAUACUACAACUCCUUUCCCCAAUACUACAACAACUUUUCCAAAUACUACAACUGCAGCUCCCAGUACUACAACUCCUACACCUAAUAGUACUAUUACUAUUCCCAGCACUACAACUAUUGUUCCAAAUACUACAACUGCAGCUCCGAGUACUACAACUCCUACAUCCAAUACUACUAUUACUACUAUUACUAUUCCCAACACUACAACUCCCAAUACCCCCACCUCUUCUCCUGUUAGUACUACUGUCACCCCCAUUUCAACAACUAAUACCUCUAAUCCCAGUACUACUCCAAAUACUACAACAAAAGUAGUACCUACUACUUCUCCUUCCACCACAACUACACUUCCAACUAUUAUUACUACUACUACUACUACUACCACUAAACCUACCACUACUACUACAACAACUACUACUACAACUACUACAGUAGUGACCCGAGAACCAACAACUUCUAACCCUCCAGCAACAGCAACUUCUCCUAUUACCAGCCCCCCAUCAAAAGGAAUGAAGGUGGCAAUGUCGAUGAAAUUAGAUAAACAAUAUGAGCCCGAACUGUCUGACACGUCAAGUGCAGCCUUCAGAAUUCUUAGUGAACAAGUUCGCGAAGUGCUGGACACACAAUACAGGAGCCUCACAGGGUUCAUUGGGGUUACUAUAAAUGCUUUCAGUCCUGGCAGUAUAGUGACACAGUAUACUCUUGAGACCUCUACGAUUAACGUUAAUGAAAUUAUUGUAGCAAAUGAAAAAAUCCCUGAUGCUAUGAAGGAAGUUGCCCCUGUCAUUGGCUCUGUUAGUGCUUCUUUGACAGCAUCUGAAUCACUCACUUUCCCCCAAUCCACCUAUACUGGUAAAAGCAUGACGCUGAAAUGUGGACCCGUCCCGACAAACCUCAACCUGGGUGUGAUUGGUGGUGUGGAAUGGACAUUUAAUGGUGUUGCUUUAAGAGAUGGUCGUCGAUACUCCACAAGCACAAACAAUAUAGAAUGGUAUCUCACUGUGAAAGAAGUGAUUCUGGGAGAUGCUGGACUCUAUGAGUGCACUUUAAAAGGCACAGGUUUGAACUACAUCCAAAAAGGAACCGUAACCAACAAUAACAUCAAGCAAGCGCCCAAUAUACGAGCUGAUGGUGUGAUAAAUGCCAAAUGUGAUGGUUCAUCUCUAAGCCUUACGUGCUGUGUGCAGUCCAACUAUAAAGUUAAAUGGUAUUUGUUUAACGCUGGUUUAGUCUCAGAGGAAUCUUCAGUAAAUGGAGAAUAUUGUAUAAAACAUAAAAUUUUGAAAAACUGUUCUAGCGCUCAAACUCUCAUCUACACCUGUCAGGAGGAGACCCUUAGAGAAUACAAAAAAACAACAACGCUGACCCUGUUCCCAGAACAACCGGUGUGUUUUGAUAACAUAUAUGGAACUGGGAGAGUAGGAGACACUUCGAUUGUUCGCUGUGACAAAGGGCAGGAGGGCAGCAAGAAAGCAGUGUGUGAGAGAAAUGGAAGGUGGAAGCUUAAGGAGGACAGCUGCAUUGUGGAAGAAAUCAAAGACUUGUUGACUGAAUCAGAGGAUUUGGAUCCCGUUGAAGUGUCAGUGUUUGUAGGUAAACUGAAGGAUGUUGUUGAAACACAGAAAGACGCCAUUGCUAACUCGUCAAACACCAUCUCAGCCAUUGUUGAAAUUGUCAGUACAGUUUCUAAUAUUACGGUGACUGUCACUGAACCUGUCAUGAAGAAUGUCCUUGAGGUGGUGGACGAGCUCAGUGCAGACAGCUCCAUUUUCUCAUGGCAGGUCCUGAAUUCAAACAAGAGCAGUAACGCAAGCUCACAGCUCUUGAGUUCUCUGGAGCACCUGUCUGAAGGCCUGCAGGGGGAGUUCUCCAUCAUAACCCCACGCAUCAUGCUCGACAGAACCAAAUUCAGUAACUCUUACUCUGUCAACCUCAACUCUAGCAUCCAACUCUACAUCCCCACCACUCCGCACAAUAACAUCGCUAUAACAACCAUCAUUUUCUCCUCACUGAAUAACAUUAUGCCUCCGCGAGAUGCAAGUUUUAAUAUCAGUAAUCCAGACACAACAGCAACUAACUCCACUGAUAACGAUACAGUUCCUGUUGUUUUGGACAAUGUGAUCAAUGCGAACGUGGUGCUUAUUAAAGUCAAUGAAACAAUAAAAAACGUUACAUUGACUUAUGAGAAAAGGAACGACUCGCUAUCCCACAAUCCUCAAUGCGUUUUUUGGAAUUUUAGCCUUCUGGAUGGCUUGGGAGCGUGGGAUUCUGAAGGCUGUGCAUUUGUUUCAGACAUUAACGACACAGUAACAUGCAAUUGCAGCCAUCUAACUUCCUUCUCUAUUCUCAUGUCCACACAAAUUCCUGAAUCCAUACGUACACUUUUGGAUAUCAUUACGUACAUUGGCGUUGGGAUAUCGCUGGGCAGUCUGGUCAUUUGCCUUAUUAUUGAAGGUUAUGUCUGGAAAGCCGUCACCAGAACUAGCACUGCAUUUAUGCGACAUGUUUCCAUAGUAAACACCGCCCUUUCUUUGUUGAUUGCUGAUAUUUGUUUCAUCAUUGCUGCCUCUGUUGCUAAGAACCCUCUGGAAAACCCGGGUGAAGACUACGAAGUACCAGUCGGACCGUGCAGCACUGCCACUUUUUUCAUGCACUUUUUCUACUUAGCACUUUUCUUCUGGAUGCUAGUGUUUGGACUGUUGUUGUUUUACCGCAUGGUCAUGGUUUUCUCGCACAUGUCCAAGUCCACCAUGUUGGCAGUGGGUUUUUGCGUGGGCUACGGAGCGCCGCUCAUCAUUGCAGUGGUUACCGUCGCUGCUACCGCCUCAAGAAAUGGAUACAUCCGGAAAGAUGAAGCUUGCUGGCUCAAUUGGGAUGAGACUAUGGCCCUUUUAGCUUUGGUCAUACCUGCCUUAACUAUAGUGGUUAUUAACAUUAUAAUUCUGUUUGUGGUGCUGUACAAGAUGCUGAGGAGUGGGGGCAUAGGGGAGGCACAGGAAAAUGACAGGCACACAAUUAAGGUGAUAGUGCGCUGCAUACUCAUCCUGACGCCAUUAUUUGGACUGACCUGGUCUUUAGGUGUUGGCACAAUGGUGGCCCCAACCAAUGAAGGAAUCCAUAUCGCAUUUGCAUUCUUCAAUUCUCUACAGGGUUUAUUUAUUCUAGUCUUUGGAACACUGUUUGAUUCCAAGAUCCGUGCCAUCCUGUUAAGAAAAUCACCAACAACGGUAUCAUCUGGUUCUAGCUCCAAUCGAAAAAGCACCAGUGUGAGUGCCCUUAGUGCACUCCUCAGCAGACUCCCUGGCAGACGAGAUGUGUAUCACCUUUCACAUGCAUCCAGCAACAGCACCAGCAACCCCGCGGAGUACUAUUCCAGCAUAUAAACUCUCCUCUUCAUGGAGUCUUAAAGGGGCACCAUGUAACUGGGGGAGGUAUGGCACCUGCUUGUUGUCCAAGGAGAUGUUAUUGGUUUGCCAGGAAUGUUCCACAGUAUGGCAUUAACAUAGAAAAGCAAAUUUAGAGAUUAGAUCUGUUUAUGAGCAUUAAAACACCAGGGCUGUAGUCUUAGUUCUUUAGUUGAUGAAUUUGUUGAUGGUGUCUUAGUCAGCCAAAAAUUUUAUUUUAUUUAGAUUUUAAGGAUUUAUAUGGGACAACAGCAGCAACAGCAAGGUAUCUAGUGAUUUGGCUGAACAUUUGGAAGUGAAUCAUGAGUUUAAUCUGCAUUUUUUCAGUUUCCUACUUAUAUAGUUGUUUUAGCAUGAACUCGUUUGCAGGUAUAGUCUUGAGUGCAGUUUGAGUCAGAUACAUGGUCAGAUCAUAGUGAUAUUUAAUAGAGGUUUGACAGGUUUUGCCAGACCCCCUUUUUGUUACCUAAUCGAUCAAUAGGGCAUGUCUUUAGUCAACUUAGAGUUUCUUUUUGUUGACCACAGCCCUAAAAAACACCUGUAAUUGAAGAAAGAUCAUUGCAUUUCUAUAUAUUACAGUCAAAAUCUGUAACUCUCCUUGGAGACAAGCAUGUGGAGGACACCCACCAGAGAAAUUACAUUACAUAAACAUGAAUUCUGUAAAAUGUUUAACAGCCUCCCCUCCCACCAGAAGAUGUAGGGUUCAGUUAGGUGGAAUUCAGUAUUGGUUUCAUCCAUGAACAAGCAAAGGGCGGAUCGCAACACAGACCAGGACUCUUGAAGAUUCUGACUCAAGUAGAGUCCAGAGGUAGAAGGUCCAGGUACUGCACUACUGAUGCACUCUGCACCUGAUGAGAGAGAUGGAACAAAUAUACUUUUUAAUCACUGAGCAAGGAAGUUUAGUCUUAGCCUAAUAAAUGAUGCACUUUUUAUGUAUGUUUUUGAAACAUGUAUGUUUUUGAACUCAAAAUCAACAGUUCAUAGCAGUGAAUUCCGGUGAUUGUACCACACUCCUUAUUAAAGUUGCACUGGCCAUCAACACAGGGAAUGCCCUACUACAAAUACUAAAAAGCAGCAAUUAUGUGUUGGAUGUAUGUCAUCAUAAGGAAAAUUUUAUCACAAGUAAAAAUGGUCAAACUGAGCCAGGAGAGAGAGUCCACUUUUCCCUUAUUCAUAAAUAAUUACAAAUGUUGAGAGUCUUGUGUAUGCCAAAAAUCUCUUUGUAUGAAGGUUGUAUGUGAGAAUGAUGCUACUUGAAUAAUCUAAUUAUUCACUUGCACAUGAAGUUUGAGUCACUAUGUUUUAACAAAGACAUUUUCCCAGAGAUUGUUUUUAAAAGCUGCUAAUUAACUGUGAGUCUUUCCUGUAGUUAACUUAUUCUUCUUGUAAAUGUGAAUGUGGCAUUAUUUGUAUAGACAUAUUUAUUUACCCAAAAUGAUUAUUUUAAUAUUUUUUUGUAAACGUUAAUAAAAUGUCUUGUGUGGUUUU